AUGGAUAAAGGCAAAGUAAUAUUGAUACCAGGAUUACCAGGUUGGGGCUUGACUGACGGGUACUGGGAAAGUGCACUAGACAGUUCUAUUUUCCCCACUAAUCUUUCAGUUUCGUCUGUUGACCCAAGUCCUAUAGCUUCCCAUCACGACAGAGCUUGCGAAAUAUUUGCGCAGAUAACCGGUACGUUGGUGGAUUAUGGAUCAGGACAUUCACAAUUUUUCGGACAUUCCCGCUGGGGUAAGGAUUAUAGUAAAAUACCUCCACUGUACUUAGAAUGGGGGCCUUCAAAUCCCGUUCACCUUGUGUGUCAUUCUACUGCUAUAAAUACAGCCAGAGUUCUUCAAAGGCUUCUCGAAAUCGAUUUUUGGAAUAAAGGAACCAGUGCUAAGUGGAUUUUGUCAAUUACGUCCAUUAAUGGUGCACUCAAUGAAUGUGCACUAUCAGAUGUGAUUAACAAAGAAAUUUUACGUCUGAUUAACGGAAAAUUUUUGUGCAAAGAAUGCAAAAAUCUUGGAUGUUCAGCUUGUAUUCAUAUAAAGGUUCAGAAGGCAGCAAAAAUACUUCGUCGAGGUGUCAUAUGGGCAGCCAUGUCAAAACUAAAACUAGACUCUGAACAACUUAAUCGAGCUUUAAACUGGUCCAUAGAUCACUGGGUUUCUGAUACUAGUAAUAGUCUUCAAUUUCUGUCUGGGGAGGAAGUUUUGAGCAAGUUAAAUUCUAUUUUGAAGUGUGGAAUGUUUAGUUCGGGUGAUAACAUAAUUUAUGACCAGACGCCGGAGGGUAUUUUGAAGCUUCAAGAAAUUCUCCACAAUUCAUCGAAUAUUAAGGGUUCCUUGAAGCGUGUUCCGGAUUUCAUCUACAAUGAUACAUUUUAUCUUUCUCUAUUUUCCAGUGCAACUGUGUCGUCUACUCUUUACAUACCCUCUGAAAUGUCGCCGAUAUUAUGGCCAUUUUCUGCUAUCCUUUUAGAUAAAACUAAUGACAACUGUCUUGAUGAUCAUACAAAGGAAGCAAUAUAUAAGAUACAGAAAAUAAGCACCGAUGUGGACCCAUUAAGAGACAAUGAUGGUCUGGUUACUGUAAUAAACCAGUGUAUACCGCGUGGAGCUGAAUCAUUUGUUGAAGUGUUUCCAAAACAAGAAUGUUUGUUGUCACUUCAUGAAAGUAUAAAGCCCGGAGUAUGGUACAUCGACAAUGUAAAUAGAUGGAUCGAUGGAAUUCAGAAAAACGAGUCUCAUCUUGAUGUCGAUUGUGAAAAUACCAGUAAAACCAGUUGCAUAUCUAAUAAAAGAAGGUUCAAAUUUCUGUGGGACCAUUUUGAUGCUUGUUGGUCGAGAACUCUACUCAAAUCAUCUCAGGAACAAGUACCUAUUGAUUUUCAAAGAUCACUUUAUCGUAAUAACCAUUGUUUCGUUGAAGAAGAAGAAGAAGAAGAAGGAGAAGAAGAAAAAGAAGAAGAACAGAAAAAAGGAAAGUAUCACUGGACUGAGCACAUAAUACCGUGAAACACUAAAAGAAUUUUUGAACGUAGUUUACCUUUCGUUGAAAGUAUGGUAGUUUUUUAAAGAAAAAGAAAAACAACCACUUAUCCUCUCUUAUAUUGAUUAAUAAAAAACUCGAGUAUCAUUUAGCUCAUUUAUUUGAUCUUGUACUUUUAUGAAAUUUGUCAUAUAUACUAUUAAGGUUUUAUGUAGAAAAGUUCAUUAUUUUUAAAUGAUAAUAAUGCUACGAAAAUAUAAAUUCACUCAUCGAAUCCAGCUAAUUUUCAAUGAUUUGUUGCCGGCUCAAUGGUCUAGAGGUUAAGCACGAGACUGAUAAAUCUCGGGUUCGGACCUCACGGGGCAGGAUCAUGGGUGCGCACCGCUGAGGAUUUCCAUACUAGGAUGAAAUGACCGUCCAGUGCUCCCAGGUUUUCCAAUGAUGGUCUAGCUUCAAACGGUUCAUGAAUUCAACUAUUAAAUUACAUAAUUGAUGGAUUUAAAAUCGUUAUUAUUAUUAUUAUUAUUACCAUCCUCAUCACCAUCGUUUCAGUGGAAUGAGUUGUUUACUUAGGUUAAUUUAUUGACAAUGAGUUCAUUUAUGAUAAAAAUUAUGCCCAAACCAAAAUACUUUAUUAAAAUAUUCCUGGUAGGUCUUAUAAUAAUCUAUUCGAAUUUAUUUUCCAAACUAUACAAUCAUUUCCAUAUUAAAUAUUUAUGUAUAUAAAGAAAUAUACUUUUAUGAUGUUAUCGAUGAAAAAAUUAAUUAAGAAGCGUUAGUGAUCUGAUAACCAUGGUUACUCUGACUAUUGAUUGGAAACAAUAUUGCAAAAUGAUUAUAUACUAGUGCUGUACUUUUAAGUGUGCACAGAUAGUUUGCAUUUACUUAUUAUGAUAGCUAUUUUGUUUUUACUUCUAGUCUGAGCCAUGUUGGUAGAUGCAGACUACUUGGUUGGAGUCCGCGUGACUUGCGUAACCAAUGGUUGGAGACUCUUGGUGACAUGGCUCAGAAUCGAUCACAAUGGUGUCUUCCCUUAAACUAAGAGAUUAAAAUCACUUCAUAUCUUUCUUUCUACUAACUAAUUCUUUCUUCCUAUACUAUAUCCUUAUUGCAAUCUUUCUCUUAUAUAUUACCACCUUUGACCUAACCACUCCUAUGAAUCCGCUGUUCAUCUUGCUGUGCUAAUGAGGUAUGGCAACCUGGACCGAUGCACAUAUGUGCCUGGUCCUACGUUGUAGCUGACUGACUGACUGACUUUACUUCAAAGUAUUUUAUUAGACUGAAAUCAAAGCGACUAGUUUCAUUUAAUCUAUGAGUAAUUUGCUACUCAAGAUGUUAUAUCAAGAGAAAAAAAGAGAUUAUAAUAAACACUAAAAUCAUCUUAAAAGCGAAUAUAAUAAUGAUAAUAAGUUGAUAAGUAGUAAAUCUUAUUUAUGAAGUGAGUUUCAGAUUACUAAAAACAAUCUAAUAUACUUUGUUUAUAUUUACGAACGUAUUUAAAAUAAAAACUGGUUGUUUUGUGCAAUUAGUUAGAAGGAGUACCAUGUUAUUCACUAAUGUACCUUUUUCCAAUAAAACCUAGAAAUCAACUCUUAUUGUUAUCGUAAUAUGACAUUUUAAUUAUCUAUGCGUAUCAAAAUCCUUCAAAUUUGUCGAACCAUCGUUAUUAAUGAUAUAGAAUAUAGAUUGUUUUGAAUUAUUUUAUCUUUAGAUUUAAGCGAAAAUCUCUUGAAGAAAUAACAAAUUUUGAUAGUUGAUAUCAUAAGUCAAUUAAAGCUAGACCACCAUAGAUAACCUGAAAGCACUGGACAACCGUUUCGUCCUAUUGUGGCACUUCUCAGCAGUUGUCUAGUGGUUAAGCGCUCGCGCGCGAGACUUAUAGAUCUUGGGUUCGAAUGUCGUGAAGCGGGAUCGUAGAUGCGCACUGCUGAGGAGUCCCACAAUAGGACGAAACGAUUGUCCAAGGCUCUUAGGUCUUCCAUGAUGGUCUAGCUUCAAAUGACUCAUAAUCUCAACUACUAAAUUACUAUAAUAUCCACAAAAACGCCUUGUGAUAUUAAAUAAAAGAUUGUUGAAUGGUUCACCAGUCAAUUUAUUAGUCUAAAUGGAUAAAUUUUGACUCUAUGACCAUGUCAAACAAAACUGUAAUAAGUAAUGAUGAGAUUUAUCGAAGAGGAUAACAAUGGCAUAACUAUGUGAAAUACAAGUGUCAUUUUUUAAAGAAAAUAAAAUUCUCAAGCCAUUGGAAAUAAUUUGAAAUCUCUCUUUUUCUCUGUCUCAAUAUGUUCAGUUGUAGUUUCACGACUAUCUUAAAAUGACUCGAGUACAUUGCUAAUUGUUGUUGAUUUCUUUUAUUUGUUAACUUAAUGCAUACUAUGGCCUCACUGAGUUAAUGGUCUACGUUUUAUUUCGCCAUUUACUCUUACAGGUUUUUAUGUAUACACGUUUAUGUUUACAUCAAUUUCCCAACAACGUAAUUCAUCCGAACGGGAGGAUUCCAUGUUACGGCUUGCCUCAUGAUGUUGUUUGAUGUAAUGUAUGUAAUGUAUGCCCUCUCCACUUCCAACGUCUUCCCCUAAUUUCCUCUUCAAAUGGGAGUUGGUUUGUUCUCUCCUUCUAAGA